AUGAGUGGGACUCAUAUUUGGAGCUUCAUUGGUCAACUUCUUUACAACCUGGCACUGAAACAAAAAGCUGUCCAAUCUUCAACCAGUGGCACUGUGGGUAUUGCUGGUAAGGCAGUUGAUGGAAACAGAGAUGCAAACUAUCAAAGUGGGUCUUGUACACUUACCAGUGAACAAUCUGAUCCCUGGUGGAGGGUAGACCUGGUAAAUGUGUAUACAAUUGGGACUGUAAUGAUAACCAAUAGACAGGAAUUGGAAAAUGGGCUGGAUGGUGCCGAAAUCUGGAUCGGAAAUUCAAUAACAAUCAGUGACCCUGAAACGUUUUAUUUUCCAUGUAACUCUGUGAAGGGACGCUACGUCACUGUGUUUUUACCAGGAAGUGCAAAGGUCCUAAGUCUCUGUGAGGUUGAAGUGUACUAUGGAUACCCAUUACCCAAUGUGGCACUCAAAGGAGAAGCUGCCCAGUCAUCUACACUCUCUGUUGCCACUGCGUCCAAAGCCAUCGAUGGCAGACGGAACUCGUUCUAUAGCAAUGGGUUCUGUAGCCACACGGCUGAAGACGAGACCAACCCCUGGUGGAGGGUGGACCUGCAGCGAAGCUUUACAAUCACUGCUGUAAAAGUCACCAACAGAGGAGACUGCUGUGCUGAAAGACUGGAUGGAGCUGAGAUCAAAAUAGGAAACUCACUGGAGAACAAUGGAAACAGUAAUCCCAGGUGUGCUUCCAUCUCACAUAUCAAAGUGGGUAAAACCUACACAUACCGGUGUGAUGGAGGCAGCAUGGAGGGUCGCUUUGUGAACGUGUUUCUUCCUGGACAGAAGAAGACUCUCACCCUGUGUGAAGUGGAGGUGUAUGCUGCCCCAGCAGGUAGAGCUUUAAGUGACUGGAAUUUAGUUGAACCUCUUCCAAACAUGGCCUUAAACAAACAAACAGUACAGUCAUCAACUUGGUAUGGGCCAGUGUUUGGGCCCUCAAAAGGUGUUGAUGGGUGCAAAAAUGGAAACUUGGACUCAGGAUGCUGUACACACAAUGAUCAAGAUCUGGGUCCCUGGUGGAGAGUAGACUUACAGGCUGUCUAUAAAGUCAGUGCUGUCACCAUCAUCAACAGACAGGAUGGUUAUAUUCCAAGGAUUCUUGGGGCACAGAUCCUGAUCGGGAACUCGCUGGAACAAAAUGGAAACCAAAACCCCAGUUGUGGCAUGAUCAAAUCAUUAGAUGGUACACCAACAUACACAUUCCAGUGUAAUGAAAUGGAAGGUCGCUACAUCAUUGUGAUCAUACCAGGAAAAAGGACUUUCGCAACCCUGUGUGAAGUGGAGGUGUUUGCUUCUCUAUCUGACGUUAUUACGACUCCUCCACCUCCUCCCACCCCUCCUCCACCUGUGAGCCUGCAGCUUGGUGGCAGGAACGUGACGGUGGUGGGAGAGAGGCUCUGCUGGUCUGAUGCUCUGAUGUACUGUAGACGUUAUUACUGGGACCUGCUCAGCCUUCACAGCCAACAGGAGCAAAGCGAGUUGGAGCAGCUGCUGGGCCUCGUUCCUUUCUCUCUCACAGACCAUGUCUGGCUGGGACUGCGCAGCUACUCCAGCACCUGUGGAGGCAUGGCCAGCAUGGAUAACUUCCUCUGGCAGGACCAGCCCUGUGCUGACAAUGCUGUGCAGAGAGUUCAUUUCUACAGCACCAAGGAUCCAACAAGUCAACUCCUUUACAACCUGGCACUGAAACAAAAAGCUGUCCAAUCUUCAACCAGUGGCACUGUGGGUAUUGCUGGUAAGGCAGUUGAUGGAAAUAGAGAUGCAAACUAUCAAAGUGGGUCUUGUACACUUACCAAUGCAGAAUCUGAUCCCUGGUGGAGAGUAGACCUGGUAAAUGUGUAUACAAUUGGGACUGUAAUGAUAACCAAUAGACAGGAAUUGGAAAAUGGGCUGGAUGGUGCCGAAAUCUGGAUCGGAAAUUCAAUAACAAUCAGUGACCCUGAAAGCAUCAGGUGUGCUGUCAUCUCCCACAUUCCCAGCGGACAAGCGUUUUAUUUUCCAUGUAACUCUUUGAAGGGACGCUACGUCACUGUGUUUUUACCAGGAAGUGCAAAGGUCCUAAGUCUCUGUGAGGUUGAAGUGUAUUACGGAUACCCAUUACCCAAUGUGGCACUCAAAGGAGAAGCUACCCAGUCAUCUACACUCUCUGUUGCCACUGCGUCCAAAGCCAUCGAUGGCAGACGGAACUCGUUCUAUAGCAAUGGGUUCUGUAGCCACACGGCUGAAGACGAGACCAACCCCUGGUGGAGGGUGGACCUGCAGCGAAGCUUUACAAUCACUGCUGUAAAAGUCACCAACAGAGGAGACUGCUGUGCUGAAAGACUGGAUGGAGCUGAGAUCAGAAUAGGAAACUCACUGGAGAACAAUGGAAACAGUAAUCCCAGGUGUGCUUCCAUCUCACAUAUCAAAGCAGGUAAAACCUACACAUACCGGUGUGAUGGAGGCAGCAUGGAGGGUCGCUUUGUGAAUGUGUUUCUUCCUGGACAGAAGAAGACUCUCACCCUGUGUGAAGUGGAGGUGUAUGCUGCCCCAGCAGGACAGCUGGGUCCCUGGUGGAGAGUAGACUUACUGGCUGUCUAUAAAGUCAGUGCUGUCACCAUCAUCAACAGACAGGACUGUUGUCCUGAAAGGAUUCUUGGGGCACAGAUCCUGAUCGGGAACUCGCUGGAUCAAAAUGGUAACAUGAACCCCAGUUGUGGCAUGAUCACAUCAUUAGAUGGUACACCAACAUACACAUUCCAGUGUAAUGAAAUGGAAGGUCGCUACGUCACUGUGAUCAUACCAGGAAAAAGGACUUACACAACCCUGUGUGAAGUGGAGGUGUUUGCUUCUCUCUCUGUUCCAGAAGCUGUCACUCCUUUACCAACUCCUCCACCUCCUCCCACCCCUCCUCCACCUGUGAGCCUGCAGCUUGGUGGCAGGAACGUGACGGUGGUGGGAGAGAGGCUCUGCUGGUCUGAUGCUCUGAUGUACUGUAGACGUUAUUACUGGGACCUGCUCAGCCUUCACAGCCAACAGGAGCAAAGCGAGUUGGAGCAGCUGCUGGGCCUCGUUCCUUUCUCCCUCACAGACCACAUCUGGAUGGGACUGCGCAGAUCCCUCAGAGCAGACGAGUGGUUCUGGAUGUCUGGAUAUUCCAUGAAUUUCUUAAAUUGGCCACAAGAUUUUGUUCCAGACUGUUACUCCAGCACCUGUGGAGGCGUGGCCAGCACAGAGCACUUCCUCUGGCAGGACCAGCCCUGUGCUGACGAUGGCGUGCAGAGAGUUUAUUUCUCCAGCACUCAAGGAUCCAACAAGUCCAUAAAGGAGAUGACACAGUAUAAACUGUGA